AUGUACAGAAACGUGGGCUGCCCUGGGCUCGGAGAGAGGGAGAGCCUCCGUGCGCAGUGUUUCCUCUCUGUAACCUCCGCAGGGGCGAGUAAAGGUGGAGACGAGCCCGGGAAGUUGCCGGAGCAGGAAGAAGAAGAGGAAUCCCAGGUUUUGCACGGAACCGGCCAUUGCAAAUGGUUCAAUGUGAGAAUGGGAUUCGGGUUCAUCUCCAUGAGCAACCGAGAGGGAAGCCCCUUGGAGUCUCCAGUUGAUGUCUUUGUACACCAAAGCAAGCUUUACAUGGAAGGAUUUAGAAGCCUAAAAGAAGGAGAACCUGUGGAAUUUACUUUUAAGAAAUCUUCCAAAGGCCUUGAAUCAAUACGGGUAACAGGCCCUGGUGGGAGCCCCUGUUUAGGAAGUGAAAGACGACCCAAAGGGAAGACAGUACAAAAAAGAAAACCAAAGGGAGAUAGAUGCUACAACUGCGGCGGCCUGGACCACCACGCGAAGGAGUGCAGUCUACCUCCGCAGCCAAAGAAGUGCCAUUACUGUCAGAGCAUCAUGCACAUGGUGGCUAACUGCCCCCAUAAAACUCUGUCGCAGCAGCAGCCCACCAGUUCUCAGGGAAGACACGAAGCCGAACCGCAGCCUUCCACUUCUGCCUUCCUGAGAGAAGGGGGAGGAACGCACGGCUUCUCGUCUCCAUCGUACCCUCAGGAAGGCAGGUCGGAGAUCUCGGAGCGCUCGGGCAGGUCACCGCAGGAAGCGUCCUCGAGUAAGUUGUCUGCGUCGCCUGAAGAACCAAACAGAAAGGGGCCUUCUGUUCAGAAAAGGAAAAAAACUUAAUGCAUUUGUCAUAACGUUCCGUUUUCUUUACCCUCUUGGGAUGUCUACCUCAUGCAAGUACAGGGGAAAUAUUUCAUUAUCAGUAGCUGACCUGGAAUUUUAACUACUGUUGAGGAACUGUGAAUGUUUUUUGGUUUUCUUUUUGGUUUUUUUUUGUUUGUUUGUUUUUGUUUUUUGGGGGUUUUUUUUGUUGUUUGAUUGUUUCGUUUUGUUUUUGUUUUCUUUGAUAGACAAAUCACUCCAAACGAAAUACAUUUGAGCAGGGUGCAUUAUGUUUUACUUUCUGUGUGUAUGUAUGAGUGUACAUGCGCGUGUGUGUUUGUGUACAUAUCUAUAAAUAUAUAUCUUUCCAUCAGACCAUUCUCCAGAUCCCACCAGACAUUAUUGUGAAGCAAAAGUUACAAUACCCAAUGUUUCAGAACUCAUUUUUACAACCUGUUUCCAACUGUGUUCAAAAAGCAAACAAGAAAACCCAAUUUUCUGAAAUUUCACUC